CACAUCACGAGGAAGAAUCCCGAAGGUCAGGGAGUUCAGAGGAGGUCAAGAGUCCAGUCGCUUCGAAGGCAUGGACCUCUCUAGACGUCCUCUGAAGCGAGUCCUACUGGCACUACUUUCCUUGGCAGGAGUGGUCCUCGCCGUUGCGCAGGAUGGCGGAAGGACGCUGCAGGAGGAAGAGAGAGAGGAGGAGAAGGGCAAGGUCGAGGGAGAGCAGUGGGUACGGCCCCUGAAGGAGGGUAUGUGGCCGAGGAGAUAUGACGGCGUGUUCUCCUGUCCCUGCGGUUCGAACGACUGCUUCGUGGGUUCGGGCGACAAGGGAGGUGUUUCUGGUCCCGAGAUUAUUUCCAGCACCUGUUUCCUGCCUAGUACUGAUCCAGGUAGGACCGAGAGCGGCAAUAUAUACAAGAAUGAAACAGGUUUUGCAACGGAAUACUGCAGUUUCUCGCCGAACCACGCUUUGUGCCGCUAUUCUGUUGACAAAACAGGGCCGGCUUGCGUCAAGAUCUGGGACGAGGAACUGAGCCGCAUCAUGCAAGCGUGGAUCAAUCAGUGCAUUUUCCAGCAUGACUGUGGCAAGUGCAGAGAGACAUCUCGAUUCGGCGUGGGUCAAAAUCUUUACUCGGCCGGUGACUUUGAACUGAAACCCGUUGACUGGAAUCGACCCUUAAACGCUUUUUUCAGUGAGGUAGACAUGAUGGAUAAGAGUGAGGUCGACUCCUUUCUAGGGAAUCGAGGGGUAGGCCACUACACUCAGCUCGUGUGGGGCGCGACCACCCACGUCGGUUGUGGCUAUAUCGCAUACAAUGAUAAAAGAUAUAUCCAGAGUUAUUACGCGUGUAACUACGGCAAAGCAGGCAACUACGUGAACCAGAAGAUAUACAGCGUGGGGCCGGCGUGUUCGAAGUGCCCGGCCGGUUCCUCGUGUUCCACUAAGUACAAGGGACUCUGCACGAAGGGAGGAAGUGGAGGAGGUGGAGGAGGUGGAGGUGGAGGAAGUGGAGGUGGAGGA